UGGGCGGGGGCUGGGGCCGAGGGAAAGAUGAGCGUCCUUCUAGAGCAGAAGGAGCAGCAGGAGAGGCUGCGGGAGGCCGCGGCCUUGGGGGACAUUCGGGAGGUGCAGAAACUGGUGGAGAGCGGGGUGGAUGUGAACUCCCAAAAUGAGGUCAACGGCUGGACCUGUUUACACUGGGCAUGCAAACGCAAUCAUGGUCAAGUUGUCUCUUACUUGUUAAAAUCAGGAGCAGACAAAGAGAUACUUAGCACUAAAGGAGAAAUGCCAGUCCAGCUGACAUCACGGAGAGACAUCAGGAAGAUUAUGGGGGUGGAAGAUGAUGACAAUGACGACAGCCACCCCCAGCUGAAGAAGGAGGCAGAACUGCCCUUUGUUCCCAACUACUUGGCCAACCCAGCCUUCCCUUUUAUCUACACCCCCUCAGCAGAGGAUUCAGCCCAGCUGCAGAAUGGGGGUCCCUCCACACCCCCAGCUUCACCCCCUGCAGAUGGCUCACCUCCAUUGCUUCCCACUGGGGAACCACCCCUGUUAGGGGCCUUUCCACGGGACCAUAGCUCUUUGGCCCUGGUUCAGAAUGGGGAUGUGUCUGCCCCCCCUGCCAUACUCAGAACACCAGAAAGCACAAAGCCAGGCCCUGUUUGUCAGCCACCAGUGAGUCAGAAUCGCUCACUGUUCUCUUCCGUCCCGUCCAAGCCACCGGUGUCUCUGGAGCCUCCGCAUGGGACAUGUGCAGGACCAGCACCAGCAUUCCAGCCAUUUUUCUUCACGGGAGCGUUUCCGUUUAAUAUGCAAGAGCUGGUUCUCAAGGUAAGGAUUCAGAACCCAUCUCUUCGAGAAAAUGAUUUCAUCGAGAUUGAACUGGACCGACAGGAACUUACCUACCAAGAAUUGCUCAGAGUGAGUUGCUGUGAGCUGGGUGUUAAUCCAGAUCAAGUGGAGAAGAUCAGAAAGUUACCCAAUACUCUAGUAAGAAAGGACAAAGAUGUUGCUCGACUUCAAGAUUUCCAGGAGCUGGAAUUGGUUUUGAUGAUCAGUGAAAACAAUUUUCUGUUCAGAAAUGCUGCAUCCACACUGACUGAAAGGCCUUGCUACAACAGGAGAGCUUCAAAACUGACUUACUAAUGCAGUGGGGGACUUUCAUCUGAGGAUGGUGACAGUGUGUGUCACCCCAGGCCAAGGACAAGCCAUUGAUCUAAAUGCCUUGGAUGCCGGGAGGGCCGCAGUGCCACUGAGCAGACACACUGACAUCGUUCCGCCCCGGCGGGAAGCCCUGAGCCCCGGGCAGCGGUGCCACUCUUCCAAGCCUCUUGGUGCACAAUAAACCUAUUGCUUGAAGCUGUGAACAGCUGAGAAGUGGUCUGGAGAGGGAGAGCUGGCGGCUCUCUAUCCAGUGUGUUUUAUGUGCAGAAUGUAAGAGAGUUGUCUAAGCAGAAGCUGAGAGAGCAGAGCCUAUUUCUGGCCACUCCUGUUGACAGUGCCCCUGGAGGGCCGCGCAGGGGGUGGUGUCCGUGCGCAGGUCUCUCCUGAAGUGUGAACUGGCGGAGAGGAGAGCUGGGGAAGCACAGGUACCGGGGCAAAAGGGUUUCAGUGUGACUUGUGGCUGUGCAGUUUCAUAUAACAUAUUUAUAAAUGUUAACUCAGGUUACAAGUAUUUAAGAAUACAGUUACCUAAUUGUAUAUAUGCUGUUAACCAAAAGAGCGCCCCUCCCCCACCCUCUGCGCACUCCCAACUGCUUCUCUGUCUCUAGUCUGCCAGGGCCCACUGCCAUCUCUGCAUCGGCUCCCCUUCUGGUCACUAGAGGGCUCUCUGAUGCUUUGUAAACGAGCUAGCACUUUUUUAAACUGAAGUGAUUCCUGUCAGCCACAUGUUCAUCGUGUCAAAUGAGAAGAGCACAAACAUUGCCCGUCUCUGUUUUCCACUUGCAUUUUCCACUAGAAAUGAAAAGCAAUUUUUGAGACUGAAUCUGUUACUAUUUUAAAGGUUAUUGUGGGAAACAGCUAAAGGAGUUAGCAUCUUUAUUUUUGUAUCAAAGAUAAAGGUUAUUUUGAAAUUAUUAGGAUUUUUACACAAGUCUUCGAAACAAAUUGUUUGCUCCUGAGGACCUCCCCGCCCCACCACUAGCCACUUAAGAAAGUCAGUGUGACACUUGUCAGACUUUGUUUUGGAACAAAGACCUGGUCAAACUUGAGCAUGGCAUAGGAGUUUGGUUUUGGUGAUUUUUUUUUUUAAUACAUUCAAGGAUUCUUUUCCUUUCCUUCAGUGUCAUUGCUGUUAAGAGAAAAAGCGCUGUCUUGUUGAAACAAACAGUUCCACUUCCGAAGUAAGAAGGAGCACACUGAGACAAACAGGAGGGCAGGGGCUCGCAGCCAGCUGUGGAAGAGCGUCCCUGCUGUCUUAAGAAGCUUUUCCCCAUAGUGCCUGUAGUUUCCAAAGAAACUUAACUUCCUAACUGUGUUAAUUUUAUUGGAACAUGUAGAAGAUGUCAGUGGAGGGAUGUUGUGCUAAGAUAAUGGCCUCCUGCUGUUGCCUAAAUGUUGAGCUGAGUGAGGUUGAGGUGUUUUCAAGGCCAAUUUCAUGGAGUAGCUCUGAUCAGUGGCUUAAUUGUAUUGCACCAAUUACUGACGGUGACUUAUCCUUGUGCAGCGUUUGCAGAGCAGAGGAAAGGUUACCUAUUAGCCCCUUUCUCUGAGUGCUCUAAAGAAGAAACCUUGUGUUUCAAUCCAUCGGAAAUUAGUUUUAUCUAGACAUGCUAACUUUUUUUUUUUUUUUGCUUGCUUUGCAAGUUGAAACUUACUGAUAUAAUUUAAGGAUGGUCCUAUCCCGGGGUAGGUAAAUUCAGUAUUAAUUCCUUCCUGAAUUGCUGGGGUUGGGUUACAUUCUUUCAGCCUUCCAGAUCAAUUAGAAAUUUCCUGGAACAGCAGAGGUCCCUGGCUGGGUGUGGCCAACAGAGAGAUAGCACCAGGGUCUCUCUUGGGCUUAGAAACAGGCCAGCAGGGGCUUGGCCUCUCAGGUGAGCGGUGGACCCCAUAUUGGUCCCUGCCCUGUGAAGUCCACUGUGCUCAAGUGACCCCUGUGCACAGCAGUGGGGGGAGACUGCACAGUUGCUGGUAGGUGAGUUUAAAUCUUAAUCUAUGCAUUCAGAGAAAUAUUUUUAUAUGCUUUGUGUAAUUUAUAACAAGGUUUUUUUUUUAGCUUUGUUAACUGUGAACUCACCCCUCCUCCUCCACUGCAUAUUUAAAGCAUGUGUUCAUACUAUGUGUAAACAUUCCCUGAAGAUUUUUUUUUCUUUGUGCAUUGCUGACUGUUCAGACAUAACAGGUAUUAUUAAACUUAAAUAAUGACUGA